AUGCGUCCCCCGUAAAAGCACCGACGAGGAGGCGCAUCCGCAUGAUCACUGACAGCGAUGAGGAAGAGGAGACGGACCAGAAGAAAGCGGUGCCAGACAAAAACGAGGAGCUGGCUGUUCGGUCAAACAGCAAGUCUUUGUCGCCCCCUGCCAACCCCAAGGAACCGGUCAGGGGGAAGCGGAAAACAGAGGAGACGAACCAGAAGAAAGCGGUGCCGGACAGAAAUGAGGAGCUGGCUAUUCCAUCAAGCAGCAAGGCUUCGCCGCCACCUGUAGAGUCCGAGGAACCGGUCGCCGCGAAGCGGAAAACAGCUCGCAAGUCAGCCAAGCGAAGCCCUGAGCCCAAUCGGUUGUCGACCGAGUCGGACGCCAAGCGAGUAAAAACUGAGCCGACUUCAGAGAAAGAGCCAUCGUCACAGGAACCAUCUUCUCCAGCAGAGAACAAGAAAGUCAAAACUGAACCACCUGCUUCGCCUAAACAGGAGGAGAUGGAGACAGACUCCAAACCUGAAUCAGAUGAAGAAGUUGAGGUGAAGAAAGAAAAAGGAAAGAAAGACAAAGAAAAGAAAGAAGAAAAGGGCAAGAAAAAAAAAGUGGACGACAAAAAAGCAACGAAAGCCUCGCCACCAGUGAAGAAGGAAGUUAAGGAAGAGAAGCCAUCUGCGAUGUCCAAGUCAUCGCCACCGAAGGACGAGAAAGCUAAAGAAAAACCGAAGGCUGAGAAGAAGCUCCAAAAUUUCGCCUUCACCACGUCUGGAAAGUCCGACCAGAAGUCGUCUGCCGCCAGCCAAGUGUGCGAUUACAACCCUGACAAGGCUAAUUAUGACCCUGUGGAAGAUGCCUGCUGGAAAAAGGGUGCCAAAGUGCCGUACCUUGCCCUUGCCAUCACCUUGGACAAGAUCGACGGCAUCUCAGGCAGACUUCGCAUCAUUGAGGUGUUAAGCAACUUCCUCCGAUCGGUUUUAACCCUCUCACCCGACGACCUGCUGAGUGCUGUCUACCUCUGCCUCAACAAGAUCGCACCCGACUACGAAGGCCUUGAGCUUGGCAUCGGCGAGUCGCUGCUUGUCAAGGCACUUGCCGAGGCCACCGGCCGCACCCCGGACAAAGUGCGAGCCGAAGCCGCGGCUAAAGGUGACUUGGGCUUAGUUGCAGAGAGCAGCCGCAGCCAACAACGGGUGCUGUUCCCUCCGCCGCCGCUGAUGCUGUCGCACGUGUUCACCAAGCUGCGAACCAUCGCUGAAAUGACGGGAAAUUCGGUGCAGCAGAAGAAGGUCGACAUAAUCAAGGUCCUUCUCGUCGCGUGCCGCCAGUGUGAGGCGCGGUUCCUGGUGCGCUCGCUCGGCGGCAAACUGCGCGUGGGCCUGGCCGAGGCGUCGCUGCUGACAGCCCUGGCUCACGCGGCCGCACUCUCACCGCCUCACGGGGAUCCCAAGGCGUCCAAGAAGCGCCUCGAGGAAGCGGCUCUGCUUCUCAAGACGGCUUAUUGCGAAUGUCCCGACUAUGAGCGCAUCAUCAAUGCCCUGCUUGAAGAGGGUGUCGACUCGCUCCCCGAACGUUGCCGCUUGAGUCCCGGCAUUCCACUCAAGCCGAUGUUGGCCCACCCGACAAAGGCCAUCUCAGAGGUGCUCAAUCGGUUCGAAGGGUCGGCCUUCACGUGCGAGUUCAAGUACGACGGUGAGCGUGCUCAGAUCCAUCUUCUGGAAGAUGGGAGUGUGCGCAUCUACAGCCGCAACCAGGAGGACAACACGGGCAAGUACCCCGAGGUGGUGUCACGCAUUCGCGCGGCCAUCUCACCCGACACCAAGACCUGCAUCUUGGACAGUGAGGCAGUCGCCUGGGACCGCCCCUCCCAGACCAUCCUGCCGUUCCAGACAUUGAGCACUCGCAAGCGAAAGGAAACGACCGAGGAAGAGGUGAAGGUGCAGGUGUGCGUCUUCGCUUUCGACCUCCUCUACCACAAUGGUGAAUCGCUGGUCAAGGAGCCCCUAAGAAAGAGGAGGGAGCUCCUCCGCGAGACCCUCGUCGAGGUGCCCGGCGAGACGCAGCUGGCGCGGUCGGCUGAUUUAUCGACGGUCGAGGACAUUCAGGAGUUCCUCCAAGAGUCGAUCAAAGGCAGCUGCGAGGGCCUCAUGGUCAAGUCCUUGGAUGCUGGGGCUACGUACGAAAUCGCCAAGCGCUCCCACAACUGGCUAAAGUUGAAAAAGGACUACCUAGAUGGCGUCGGGGAUAGUGUGGACGCUGUAGUACUCGGUGGCUACCACGGCAAGGGGAAGCGGACGGGCACAUUUGGCUGCUUCCUGCUCGGCUGCUACGACCCCGACAACGAGGAGUUCCAGACGCUCUGCAAAAUUGGCACCGGGUUCAGUGAGGAGCAACUGGACCAGCAUUCGUCGUUCUUCAAGGAGCACAUAAUCCCGGCGCCCAAGUCGUACUACCGCUUCGACAGCAGCCUGGCACCGGACGCAUGGUUCGAACCCUGUCAGGUGUGGGAGAUCAAGAGCGCCGACCUCUCCGUGUCGCCCGUUCACAAGGCGGCCCUUGGAUUGGUUGACCCUGAGAAGGGCAUUUCUCUGCGGUUUCCCCGGUUCAUUAGGAUUAGAGACGACAAGAAUCCAGAGGACGCCACUUCCGCGCAACAGGUGGCAGACUUGUACAACAAGCAGGACCACAUCAAGAACAAAAAGGCGGCCGUCCAAGAAACCACAGCCGACGAAGACUUUUACUAAGAGUUUUUUUUUGUCUGCAUGUGCCAUGUAAAUAAAACCUUCAUGUUUAUUUUCCCAGUCUUACGUAAUCAAGCUGCGACUGAUGUCUCUAUUUCGUGUGUAUGUUUGCAAGUUUUGUGUUGAAUGAAGGCAGUUUACGCUUCACA